AUGCCCAAUGAAAUCGGGAGUAAUAGCGGCAGCCCAGUGGUCGCAGAUUCUGGCAAAAAGAAAUGGAUCACUUGUGGAAUUCUUCUACUAGUCAAUCUACUCAAUUAUAUGGAUCGAUACACGAUUGUCGGAGUUAUGUCUAGACUUCAACCGUUUUUUAAUAUAGAUGAUAAACAGAAAGGGCUAUUACAGACGGUUUUUAUCGUCUUCUACAUGAUUUUCGCGCCGUUGUUCGGAUACUUGGGCGAUCGAUACAAUCGAAAGAUGCUGAUGCUGACGGGGAUCGUAAUUUGGAUUGUGGCAGUAUUCGCGUCGUCGUUUUGUACAAAAGACCACUUCCAAUAUUUCAUGCUAUGCCGUGGAAUCGUUGGAAUUGGAGAAGCUUCAUACUCAACUAUCGCUCCAACCAUUCUGUCGGAUUUGUUUGUCGGAGGAAUGCGUAGUCGCAUCUUGAUGAUGUUCUACUUUGCGAUUCCAGUGGGAAGUGGUCUUGGUUUUAUUGGCGGCUCAAAAAUUGCACUAUGGACCGAAUCGUGGCAGUGGGGUGUUCGAUUUUCGCCAAUUAUUGGAAUUGCUUGUCUUCUUCUGAUGAUUUUCUUGCUAGAAGAACCAGUUAGAGGGUCAUGUGAAGGAGCCAGACAGAGUGGGGAUAACGCAUCGUUCUGGGAAGAUGUGAAGUAUCUUUUAUCUGUCAAAUCGUUCUGUAUCGUCACAGUUGCUUCAACCGCAGGACUUUUCUCAAUUGGAGCGAUGAGUUGGUGGACACCAGACUUCAUCAAAUAUUCGUAUGGAGUUACACACAAGUUAGCUGAACUUCCAGAAGAUGAUAAGUCUUCUAUUGACUUUAUAUUUGGAGUGAUCACCUGCUGUGCAGGUAUUGCGGGUGUUUCCAUCGGAUCCGUGGUAUCCCGUGCUUGGAAAGAUGGAACAUCAAUCUUCCAAGAUUAUGCCUCGGAAAAAGCUGACGUCUACAUUUGUGCUCUCUCAAUGUUUAUCGCUCUACCAUUCCUCUACUGCGCAAUUUACUUCGCUGGACACUCUACGAACGCCUCUUUAGUUCUUGUAUUCUUCGCUAUCACAUCAAUGUGCUUGAAUUGGGCAGUAAACGUGGAUAUAUUGAUGUAUGUAGUUGUGGCGAAUCGAAGAGCGACAGCAUUGGCGGUGCAAACUAUGAUCGGACACAUGUUUGGAGAUGCAGCCAGUCCUUAUCUUAUUGGAGCAAUUUCCGAUGGAAUGAAAGAUGAUUCGGAAUCGAUUUCUUCAAAGUUCUUUGCUCUUCAAAGCGCUCUCUACUUGCCCACGUUUGUGCUGGUUCUUGCUGGAGCAUGCUAUCUGAUUGCCACGUUCUACGUCGAGGAGGAUCGUCUGGAAGCGUUGUUCCAGAUGGAUUCUGCGGACAACUGGAUGCAUCAGAACGCUACAGAGGAUAUGGAUGCGUUGAUUCCAAUCGACGGUAACGACAUUGAAAAGCUUCCAUCAGAUGACGAAGACACCGAAGACAUAACGAUCCGAUUCGACCGGAAUCAACGAAAAAGUGGUGGUACAGACGCUCCAAAUGGAGAGGAAAACACCGCAUACUUAUCCGAUGAAACUGACGAAUGGGACGUGCAGAAAAGAGAUUCAGAUGAAGAAGAGAUGAAACCAAGAAGAGCACCUGUGAUUGUAAAGGCGCUAGAUGAGGGGUUUCAGAGACCUUUCGUAGAAACUGACCCCUACGACGAUAUUCAACUGGAAAAAGUGCUCAAAGAGCUCUCAUUCAUCCGAAUUAAACUCGAUCAAAUCGUUCUCCCCGAUAUCAACCCGUUCAUUCAGAGACUUCAUAAUUUUCGAGAGUUUUUUGGAUUCCAACUCGAAUACUCAUUCCCAUGCCUUGAUGUUGUCUCGAAAUCUCUCAAAACUACAGUAAGAAUUCCAGAAAAAGAGGUGGAUGUGAUGAAGAUUGUGUUCAAUCAUCGGCGAAUAGUCCUUCUGGAUAUGCACCAGGAUCAGAUUGAGCAGUGGCAGAAAGCACAACUAACGAUUCACCUUCUUGUCAAUAUGUCUGUUAAUGGGAGGCAUACGACCCGCCCACUCGCAAAAUGCCACGUACGUCUCUCCGAUUUGAUCUUUCCUCCGUAUAUCAUUCAUCGUGAUUUCGACUUUGUCGGCGAGGAAUUCGAGGGAACCGCCGAAAUUCGAAUCGAUUUGGGAAGUCGUGUGAAAUCACUAAUGGAGAAGUUGAACAAUUUGAGAGGAGAUCGAAGUCUGGAGGAUACUUUUGUGGUUACCGAGAAAUCAGUCGGGCGACGAACGAGGUCCAGAAGUUCCAGUCGUUGUAGAGCUCACUCCUCGGCGAGCUCAUCUGGAGCACCAAAGGCUCCAAGUGUUGGCUCCAGAAGACCUCAUUCUGCGACGUCGUCUGUAGAAACUCCGAUUCUGACUCAAAGACAGCAGUUUUUCGGAGAGAAUUUCAAUGGGAAUCAAAGUUUGAAUCGACAGAACCCAAAUUCUACUCAAAAUGCUCCGCCUAGAAACGAGUUAUUGCGGCCUCGAAUCAAUUCUAACUCUUCUAUCGGCUCGGAUUCUGUAUUCGUCCGUCCCACUGCUGAACAUCCACGUGUUCUAGAAGAUAUGGAGAUUCCAGAGUCCUCCAGACCCAGAGAACGUAUCACCAGAACUGUAACCGAGUCAUAUGGAGCGUCUACAGUAGGAGAUACGGUAGAAGAGGUGACACGUCACGGUGGGAAGUAUUAUAUGGAAGUGACGGUACAUGAAGCAAUUGGAUUGCCGCCUGUGGAGGAUGAGAGUGGCCGUAUAACAAGUCCAUCUUCCUAUGUUUCAAUUCUGGGGCGUGACGGUGAUCUCCGGUCGCCGGUAUUCAGGAAUUCGCGAGAUCCACGAUGGAAUUUCGUCGCGCGAUUUGCAAUAAGUUCAGAACGACGAAAUCUUGUGAUCAAAGUGAAUCAUCGAGGUGUCGUUGGUGACAGUGCAUUAGGAUAUGUGACGAUUCCACUUCCAACUACAAAUGUCAGAAAAUCAGUGUAUGAAAUGACGGAUGUGACGAGAAUGGCUGUGAAGUAUACGAGUCAAGUGCCGAUGCUGACGAUUAGUUUGGAGAAAAUCCGAAAUAUCGAUGACGUGGAAGGAUAUGAGGAUUACGAGAAUCAUCAUAGAACAUUCUCCAGAAGAACGACGUCUUCUAGAAGUACACAAUCAUCGCCAACUCGGCCUGCACCGCCUGUAGUUCGUAUCGAAUCCCCGCCGAUUCUGGAGAGCAGUGAGGUUAUCAAGGAACGAAUGCAACGAUGUAUGGCUGAUUUGGAGAGUAUGAUGAGAGGAAUGAAUACAUAA